UUUUUAAUCGUUGUAGUGUAGGCGAUAUUUCAAGCUUCCAUGUGAUGUGUCAGAAGUUGUCAACACAUUUCACUUUCAGUUUGUGUAAAUAAGAUUUGGAGCCCAUCCAUGAAUGCAACUACCUUUACUUUUGAAACUGUUCCACCAAGGGCUGGACAUGUUGCUGUGGCAGCGAAUGACUUAAUGAUUGUGUGGGGAGGGUGCCAGGGUGAUUAUUUUUCAUUUAGAGAAAAAUAUUUACCUGCAAAUACCAUUACAGUGUAUCACACAGACCUUGAUGUUGGCUAUUGGACUGAACAUGUAACCGAGGGUGACAUUCCACCAGGAACCUCUGGUGCUUCAGGCUUACUAAUUGCCAGUAAGAUGUAUAUAUUUGGAGGUCACACGAAGAAUGGCGACACAAAUGAAUUAUACUGUUUAGACUUACAACAGCUGACAUGGAAACAUAUAAUACCAGAAUCAGAACUGUUACCAAGUCCUAGAGAUAAAUUUACAGCUUGGUCCUAUAAUAACAAAUUAUAUUAUUUCGGAGGUUUUGGUGAGAAUAUAAAUUCAGGAACGUAUCUUUAUGAAAAUGGACAGUUUGUCAAGAACACUGGUUCCAGAUAUCUGAAAGACAAUCAGUGGAAUAAUCAACUUCUUGUGUAUGAUUUAGAAAGCAAUAGAUGGAGUAACCCAAUGCUUCAGGGACCAGUACCAGUUCCUCGAGCCGCUCACACAGCAGUCAGAUUAAAAAAUGUGGUAUAUUUAUUUGGUGGUCGUCAUGGCGACAUAAGAAUGAAUGAUCUACAUUCCUUAGAAUUAGAAACUCUCACUUGGUCAGGAGAGUUAUAUGUUGAAGGUGCGUGUCCGUGUGGACGAUCAUGGCAUACCUUUACAGCUGUCUCAGAUGAAGUUAUCUUCCUUUAUGGUGGAUAUUCUGACAACUUUGUGUCUUUAAGUGAUGCUUGGCAAUUGAAUGUGACCGACAGACAGUGGUCACAGAUAACAAUGCCUUUUUGUAAACCUAGAGAAUGGCAUACAGCGUUUUGUUCCACUGAUGGUGAAAUAUUAAUAUUUGGUGGAUUUGAAAAUGAUACACUCAAAUGGAAUGAACCCUUGAAAACAUCAAAUGAAGUGCUGACUCUCCAACUUAAACCUCAUUGUUUAAAAAGACUGUGUCUACAAACUGUGUAUAUUCAUUGGCCAUCAGAUAAAUGGACCAUUCUACCUAAACCACUAAAUGAUUGGCUAUUGAAGAAGAAAAGGUUUGAGAAUACUAAAUUUGGAGACACAUUUGAGUCUGAUACUAUAAAACAAGGCAGUAUCUGUGUUGUACAUGUAUGCUAAAUCAUAUACAUGUACUAGUUUACUUUUAUAUACACUUACAUACCUUCACCAUUGUAUGUUUAAUGUUUAUUUUCUUAAAACAUGUCUUUGAUUUAUAACAAAUUGCACACUAACUGUUACUUGACUCAAUGUAUGAAUUCAAUGUCCUGUUAUGAAUUUUCUACAUGACAUAGAUAAAACACUCUUUUUAACAUGUUUGAAAUUUUAGGGUGUAAAAUCAAUCUGUGGUGAUUCUAAUUUAAAUGUGCAUCAGUAUGAUUUAACUACAGACUACAUUGUCUUUCAUUAUAAUUGUUGUAAGGCAACCCGUACAUAUCAGAGAUAAGAUUUGAUUUUAUCAGCAAGAAAUUUUAUAAAUAACAGAAGUAUGCAUAUUUAAUUAACUUGAAAUAUUUAUGUAUUUUAAAUGUAAGUGUUUUUCCCACUGGGUUUCCGAGGUUCUCAUAAGAUUGAAUAGUGAUACUAGAUCAGAAAACAUUACCUUAUAUUAUAAAAGUGACCAUGUUAAGUAAUUGACCCCUUUUAACCUUGAGACCAUGAUUUAUAUAGCUAUUUUAGAAUACCACAAGGUGCUGCAUGCAAAUUUAAUUCUAUUCAUUUGUGGAUGGACCAUUUAAAUGUUAUGCUCAAAUAAUUAAGUAAUAAUAAUAAAAUAAAUUAGCACAGCUGUGAUACUUUAUUAUUUAUUUCUGGAAUGUUUAUUCUACAUACAUUCCUAUUUAUAUGUGCAAAAUACCGGGUAUUUGUUGUGUUUUUAAUUUACAUGUAUGUAAUGUGCUAUUGUAAUUAGAUGUACUAUAUGCAAUGUAUUACAUGUAAAAAUGCUGAAUAAAUACUACUUAUA